AUAAGCCGCAGAUAGGUAGGUCAGUCACAUCAAACAACAAUAGCGAGAAAAAAAGUCGGUGCGGUUAGGACGUCCCAAGCAGAACGUCUGUCAGCGUCGAAGGAGAACGCGCGUACAUGAAAGUAGCUCCGUAAAAAAUUUAAUACCACCACCGACAACAACAACAACAACAGCAAUAUAUUAUAAAGAACCACUACGACUACUGGAGCAGCUACCAUAACUAAGAAUAGCUACAACACAACUAUAACAUUUUAAAAUAAUUACUGUGGAAGUUUGGUGAUCUACAAGAAGCUGUAAAUGACAACAUCAUUGUAUAACACACAUCGUUGGGAUGAUGAUUUUGAUGAUGAUGAUGAUGUGCUGAACUGCCGAGUGAAGAUUGAGUUAAACCGAUUAAAUGAAUCCAGCGAAGAGAUUAACAAAUUAGAGAAUGACCUGGAUAAAGCCCGUUCCAACUACCAAAACAUAUUAUCCAACCGAACACACGAACUGGACCAACUCUCGGCACACAUCCGCAAGAGCAUCUCACUGUCACGUGCUUACUACGAGAAGAAAGAAAUUUCGAAAUGCGUCCAGGAAGAGACACUUCGAGCGGCUCGCCAUUUCCAGACGGCCAAUAGUAUUUACCAGGCAGCCAAAGAAACGAUCUUGCUAGCAGAAGAGAAACUUUUGCAAGAGAAUUCUGAUGAGUGUCACACCUCAGAAUUGUCUUCUUCAACUCAGGAAGCAUUAAACCAUGCUAUUAUUCGGUUAAUGGAAGCGGAAAGAGAGAAACGCAAACGUGAAGAAGAGCAUCACCGCACAGCGUCCAUUUGUUCUGAACUGGAGGUUACCAUUAAGAAAUACGAACGUCUCUACACUAAAGCUAUCGCCAAAUCCAGUCUUAAACCAUCUUCUUCAUCAUCAUCAUCAACAACUGCUUCAAUUAAGAUUUUCCCUCGUUUUGUCUCAUUACAGGUACAAAAGAAUAAGGUGGAUUGUCUCCAGGCGAACCUCCAGCAAAUGAAGGCAGUCUAUUCAGAGGCCCUGAGGAACUUGGAAAGGAUUUCGGAAGAGGUUCAUAAACGUCGUAAAUUAAGGGAAUUCCUUUACUUACCCCGCGAACCCGGUGUCGGAUCGGAACAUAAUGAACGUCACAACUCAACUGAAUUCGAAACUGAGGCAAAGCUAAGGUCCAGUUCAUUAUCAACAACGAUUAACGAUGACAAGGACACUGACGCUAAUAAUAACAAGGAAAAGAUUGACAACAACAGGAGCUGCGACAAGGAAAACCACAACAACAACAAUAACAGCACCAGCAGGAACUGGAAUGAUGUCGACAGUCUGAGUGUAGAAAGUGUUGUUGCUGAUUAUGACGAUGGAUCGUCUUCGUCUGAGAUGAGUUUCAGUGAAGAUACGAGUACUGAUCCGGCGUUGUCAACAUCAACAGAUGAAGAAUAUACUGACGAGAUGACAGUCUCCCCGACACUGCUGAAGAAAGCGACACCUACAUCGGCAUCCUCAACACCACCGCCACAAACAACAACAUCGACAACGAUAGACGUUACACCGUCAGCAUGAUCAGCGGAGACAUCGGUUUCCAGAAAAAAUAAAAA